ACAAAUAUUUUAUAUCAGAGUGAACUUUUAAAAUGUCAGUGCAAUUUUUUGAGGUACAUAAUGUUUGUUGUUUUUUGUUGUAAGUUGAGCUAGGAACUUAAUACACUCUUUUUUUUCUCCUCUCAAAUCCAAUAGUUACUUAGAACGGACUAUGAAAAUCUGCCUAUAUAAAAAGGAUCUCUAUCAGUGUAGACUUCACUGCAAUAACACAAUUUCAAGCCAAAGCCAUGGCAACCUCCCAUCAACCACUCCUCUCUAGUCCCAAUGCCAAACCAUCUUCUUCUUCUUCUUCUUCUUCUUCAAAAGCCAUCUACAUUGUUUUAUGCCUAGCUGCCCUCGUGGGCUCGGUUGCCGUGGUUUCCGUCUGGGUUGUCCGGACCCACUCGUCCCCAACCUUGGAAGCCCGUCUCUGCAACCAGGCCCAUGACCCGCGUGCCUGCUCCUCCGUUCUUUCCGAGGUCUCGCCCCCCGGCUCCACCCAAACCGACGCCGUACGUUUGCUGCAGUUGGUCCUACACUCCUCUUCGCGGCGAAUUCGUGACGCCGUCCGGUUCUCCACCGACGUCAGCCGCCGGGUCAACGGCCGGCACGCGGGAUCCGCGGUUGAGGACUGUAUUGAGCUGAUGGACUCGUCGCUGGAUCGGGUCAUGGACUCUAUGGUGGCUUUGGGAAACCUCUCGGCCCGGGCCCGAUUCGAUGCACAUACCUGGAUCAGCAGCGUCCUCACGAACCACGAUACUUGUUUGGAUGGGCUUUCCGGCCCGGUCCGGUCCAUGAUGGAGCCCGUACUAGAAGAUUUGAUCUCCCGUGCGAGGUCUUCACUGGCGGUGCUAGUUGCAGUCGCGCCGUCGGAGGCGGACGAUCUCCGGGAACUCGACGGCGAGUUCCCGUCGUGGGUCAGUCCUAGUGACAGGCGGCUCCUGGAAGUUUCCGGGAAGAAUGUUGAUGCCGACGUGGUGGUGGCGGCGGACGGGAGCGGGAAUUACAAGACGGUGAACGAAGCGGUGGCGGCGGCGCCGGACAAGAGCACAAAAAGGUACGUGAUUCGCGUGAAGAAGGGAACUUACAAAGAAAAUGUGCAGAUCAAAAAGAAGAACAUAAUGCUGGUCGGAGAUGGAAUGGACGCCACCAUCAUCACCGGCAGCUUGAAUGUCGUCGACGGUUCAACAACCUUCAACUCUGCUACAGUCGCCGCUGUUGGGGACGGGUUCAUAGCACAAGAUCUCUGCUUCCGGAACACCGCCGGACCAGAGAAGCACCAGGCGGUGGCGCUACGGGUGGGAGCGGAUCUAUCGGUCAUAAACCGGUGCAAAAUAGAGGCGUACCAAGACACCCUAUACGCCCACCAACUCCGUCAGUUCUACCGGGACUGCCACAUCUCCGGCACCGUGGACUUCAUCUUCGGCAACGCCGCGGUGGUGAUCCAGAACUCCAAAAUCAUAGCCCGUAAGCCGUCCCCCAACCAACAGAACAUGCUGACCGCCCAAGGACGCACCGACCCGAACCAGAACACGGGGACAUCGAUCCAGAACUGCGAGGUCAAGGCCAGCUCGGACCUCGCCCCUGUUAAGGGCAGUUUCAAGACAUUCUUGGGACGCCCGUGGAAGGGGUACUCGAGGACUGUGUUUAUGCAGUCCAAUAUCGGGGACCAUAUUGACCCUAAGGGUUGGGCUCCAUGGAGUGGGGACUUCGCUUUGAGCACUCUGUACUAUGGGGAGUACAUGAACAGGGGACCGGGGGCGGGGACUAGCCAGAGAGUGACGUGGAAGGGGUACCACGUCAUCACCGAUGCCAGCGUGGCGAUGAAGUUCACGGUGGCGCAGCUGAUCCAGGGCGGAUCGUGGUUGAAGAACACCGGCGUGGCUUACACGGAGGGUCUUUGAAGAUGGGAACGUUUGGCCUUUUAAAAGUAAAGUCUUUUUAUGACUGUUGAGUCGCACUAAAUAAACGAGCUGAGGUUUAUGUAUCUCAUGUUAAUGUGUUUAGACUUUUUAGCGUUUGCUUUAGCCAAUGAGACGAAAGUCUUUUGUCUCAUUCUUUGGUCUUUGGUCAAACCAUAUAUUCUACCCUUUAAAUUUUAGAGUAUUUUGGUAUCACGAUUUGUGGUAAUCAAGUUGUGUGGCUUUGAUGGAGAAAAAAAUAAGUUUGGGGUGG